AUGUCGCCCUUGCUGUUGGUUCCCGACGACGGGAGCGUUGAUCGCUCCUCCGUUUCACAGGUUGAUCUGACCAUAGGUGAGUCUGAGGACUCGGGCCGUUCCAGUGCGCAAUUCAUAGCAGCUCCCAUGCGCUCGGAUGGCCGCCAGGCAAUGGAUCAACCACCAGCAACAACAACCACACCACCAUCCAUAUUAACGGAGCCCCCCAAGGUCUCCUUUGAGGAUUUUGCGAUCCGCUAUCGCCAAAAUCAGCACAAGCAAGCCCGUCGCAAAACGCUGGAAAACCGUCUUCAUGCCACCAAGAUAUCCAUUGGUAUCUCCGCACGCUUGGUUCGCGUUGGAGGCGUCGUGCAGCGCGGUUUAGUCGAAAGUCUGAAACAUGAGGAUAAGGCGAACUUCCUGGCCUUGUAUCAUACCCUCUUGGAUCUCCAGGAUUCCCAUGAUCUGGCCAUGCGUCGCCACUUCCACCGGCAGGACCCUUCGGAAGACUGGUCUUCUGCGCAGGAAUCUGCUGUGGAACGUUCCCCGGAUUUUUUCCUUCAGCUCAGCCCUCAGUCAAGGUCCGAUCUUCUUGGGAUUUUGCAGUUGGUCCGGACCAACCCUCAGUUCCUUUGUGAGAGAUUAUGCAGCUUGACGUCUGCGCAGCUGAAUGCCUUAUUAUCCACGUCAGCCACAUCUCUGGACUCUGGUGAUCACACAUUCCUUUCUGCGGCCCGUUCACGGAACCAUUUUUCUCUGCCUAAACGCGCUUCUGCUGCAUCCAUUCCUUUCCGAGAUCAUGCUGUCAAUUUUGAGAGAACGGACGCCAUUUCCAACUUGGUCUUCAAUGUUUUUGCUACUCCCUUGGACUCUGAUACCCCAGAGGCUCGCUUGCGUUUGGACGUUUGGUCUUCUGUUUGCGCUGAACUUAUCACCCAAGGAGGCAAUAGGUUCUAUCCCCUCAUUGGCCACAUCCUCUCAUCCUGGACCAUGGGCAGCGCCUGGAAAGCCAGACCAAAGUUCGAGCUCUACCUCAUGGACAUCCUCCAGACUGGCGCGUUCCUCCUGGAGCAUAUCGAAACCCCAGCCGGACUGGGCUUUGACGCGGGGUCCCUUGACCCCUUGAAAACUGAUGUUGCUGAGGAAUAUUUCGCCUCUGCUGUAGAUGCCCUAUUCAAACUCCUUGAUGACCCAGACGCAGGCUUCCCUCAUGCAGUGUUCAAGUUUGCUCGCGCCAUUUUGCGGAAACUGGGUCAUCCCGACAGUCGUGCCCGUUUUCUAGAGUAUUUGCUCCUCCAGUGGUUCUUCCCUAAAUUUCUCUCUGGGGCUCUUGCUUAUCCCGAGACCCUCGGCCUUCUUCUCGAUUUUCAUAUCAGAAAAGAUGCCAGAGAAAAGCUCCUUGGACAGGUUGCCCUUAGGGCGUAUUCGCAGGUCUUUGCUAUUCUACGCUCAAUGCAUCACUUUUCAAUGACUCGUCCUGCGGUCCGGCAACAUGUUGAGAACAUGCUUCAUCAGUUCGAGACAACGGACAACGACAACAUGCAAUUUGCCCAGCGCUCAGAACCCAGAGGUCAUCAGGAAUCACCGUGCGCUUUUCUCAUGCUAUCUGCUACAGACGUGCUAACCCUACUGGGCGCCCUGUUUCCCACGGCGACAUCUCCGGCAUGUAGCUCUCCCACUCCCUCCUCCGCAUCAUCUGUGUUGUCUCCCAGCUCCUUGCAGUCGUUCCCUGAUAGACGUACCAACACCGUCCCAGAGCCAGGGUUCUACCGGCGUAAUCUGAGUGGUAGCUCUUCUCCGCAGUUUUCAAAGGCAUUCUCCUCCGCAGACAUCCACUUCUUUACUUGCUCAGAAGAUCACCUGAGUCGCAACGCUGACCGUAUCCGCUUUGAAUUGUCUGCUUUGGUCGAGCCUGAUGGUCGUCCCGGUCUCGCGUACCCCUCCACGGAAGAAUGGGCCAUCUUCUCUGUCACCGACGGCGGUCAUCGCCUAGUCUGGGGUUUAUUCUCCAAUGGCCAGCUCAGCGAUGCUGGAAACUUGACCGCUGAUACCUGUCCGUCCACCACUCUGGGCAUGGAGGACAACUUCGAGGCUCUCCACACAGCGAUCAUCAAGCUCGUCCGGGAGAACCCUACUGGAGAUCGCUCAGACUACUGCGGGGAGCGGGACCAAAUGGCCCCUUCACAAUCCUCUUCGCUGAAGAAAAGAUUCAAUCAGGCCAUGUCACACUGCCACCAUACUUCUGAUUUUAUGGGUGCCCACUAUUGGUGGAACGCUAGUCGUCAGCUUCGUCGCAGUGUCGCCGACGUACCCUCUCGCCUUGGUGAUGACUCUUGGAUCCUGGAACCUAUGCACACGUCGUGCUCACGCUCGCUUCGGGUAGCUCACUCCGUGAUCGAGCGCUGCGAAACCGACUUUGUGGCACUGGAUCGCAGUUUGUGGCAACUGCAGGGAACUGUGAAGGAGACGAUCAAAACCAUCACGAAGUUGCGAAACAAGAUGUGGUACAUGACCGACGUCAAGAACUCGAUGCGGUACGAGGACGCAAGGAAUGUGGCAUUGGCACUGAAGACGAUGGUCUACUCCGCUCGUCUUUAUCAACCAAUCUCUACCAACGACCGUCGAACGCGCAGCAGCCCCCGCGCAUCGGGAGGAUCCGUUCUGCAAAAGCCAGAGUUGCAAGUGAUGAAUGUCAUGAAAGCACCCAGCAGCCAAGGCGGCCCGAAUAAACUGUCUGAUGAGCAAGUCGAGUUGACUCGGAAAUGGCUAGCACAGAACAAUAUCGACAAUUUUUGCAAGGGCGAAGAGCGUAUUCACCGCUUCUGUUACGAGGUCAAAGUUAGUAUCAACCGACUCAUCGGUGAUACAAUGGCCGAGGCCCCUGUUCUCUGGGCCAGCGAAUUGUUCCAAAGGGAGCGAGUCAAGUUCGAAGGCUCCAGCAACCGAAGCUUCCUUGGCCUGUCCUCGUCAAGUUUGCGCCCAAUGAGCACUGCUGGUGAAGAGUUGUCAUUUGCUUCCCAAUCCUCUGGCGGCAGUCUCCGCUCGUCCGAUUCCUUCUCCAGAUACACUCAAGACCUGCCGCCACUGAAUCGCAAAUCCUCCUUUCAAAGCUCGAUUUCCGAUAAGUGGAGGAUGCCCCGAGACCCCUCUACUGCUGAUGGACUUUCGAUCGGAGACUCGCCUUCCAAGGCAACCUCGGUAUCAACGGCUGACACAUACAGUACGUUUUGGUCUGUACCACAUCAGAAUGCGCCCUAUGCAGCAAGUGCAUCGAGUUUCUACUCCCGCCCGCCGUCGAUGCUCAGUGAGGCCGUCGUUCAGCCGGCUCCCCAGAAGGAUUUCAGAGGUCAAGGCAAAGCCGCUUUCCUGGACGAAUUGAAACAGGCUCUGACAAGUCUGCUGCUGAGUGAUCUGGGUUCACCCGUCUGGAGCUGUGGAAGCGAGACAGACGCCUGGUUUGGAAACGCAUUGGACCAAGAGCGAAUCCGGGUACAAAUGAAGAAGCGAGAGAAGAUCCAGCGCUUCUAUGCAGAGUGCAAUGCACGCACAGUCCGCCAAAUAACCAGAUACUACCAGUCCAGGGGCCGAAGAAGCAGGUCACUAGGGCCUCCCAUAUCGGGACGGGCUCAAGAGUCGCAUGAUACAACCUCAGUGCCCAUGUCCGAGAGCGCGAGAGCGGCUGAAGAUCAAUCUCCAUUCUCGUACGGGGUUGUCUUCCGCCAAUUGAUCGAGAUAUUUUCGCGCCACGGGAACCCGUUCGUCAAGCUAAACGCAUUGCGGGAUUUGAGAGCAUUGGUCAUCGCGUCCUUGAACGUGGAUAAUGAUGACAAGGCCUAUGCGCAUGCUGAUCAGGAACGUGCGCACUCGAGGGAACUCGGGCUCCAUGGCAAACGAGCUGCACGGCAUAGCUUCUCAGAAGCAGGAACCCUCCGUGAAGCUGAGAAGGACUUCCUGCAAACUCCGACGUCUCCAGCGGCCGAGUCUGUUGCUUUUGACUCUCGGCCUUCGGAAUACUCCGCACCUACGGAGAACCAAAUUGUGGACGCGCUGCGUAGCCUUCUCUUAGAAGUGAAGCCCAAGACUCUUUUCCGAGACCUACAAUUUAUUUCAGCAUUCGUUCCCAGCGAGACACUCAAUAAAACCGACAGUGGAACCGCAUUUUUGCAAUUUGGCUUGGCAGCGUUAAGUCUCAAGGAAGAGGUCUGCAACAGCAUGGUCGAGAUUGCCGACAGGAUUGUCUCUCAGGAACUGAGCCGACGCCAUGUGCCUCAACCCUUCGGCUUCAACGCCCGACCGAGCCACGCUAUUGAGGAUGCUGCUGGGAUGUGGAUCAUCACCGCAAAAGAAGGAAAUCCUGUCGCCCAGCGGGAGCUAGCGAUUCUCUAUUUAACCCAUCCGGAGCUUCUUCCUCGUGUCACGCUGCCACUUACUUCUCCCAGAGAUACAUUCAAGGCUGAGAUGAUGUACCGCCGUGACAAGGACAGCAAAUCCGAUCCGCAGAGCAUGUGCCUGGCGCUGCACUGGAUGCAGCUGUCAGCCAACGGAGGCGACCAACUCGCGCGGAACAGGCUUCGCGAACGCGAGGAGUUUGAUUCCAUCGCUUGA